AUGUUCAAAUUUCAACUAUUGAUGGGUAUUUUCUGCUUGAAAGGAUUGUACGGUGCGCAAACGAUUAACUUAACUGAACUCGAUUCGACAUGGGUUGUGAGUGGAUAUCAGACGAAAUUGCUUUCGAAGGAUGCAUUCAAGCAAAUCCAGCUCCAAGCAAAUCCAGCUCCAAGCAAAUCCAAUACCGAUUUUGUGAUUACUGAUUCGUCGAAUACAACGAUUGAUUCAAAAACAUUGAAUUCGACAAAGAUGCAAGCUUUCCUUGGAACAAUCACGAUCGUCGACAAGUCGCCCGUUAGCUCGUACAGUCUCAGUUUUCGACUUGUCAACUGGACAGAUUCAACUUCUUCGCUUCUUUUUUAUGGGAGUCGCAUUUUCACGAUUGUCCCAAACGAUGGCUACUUGCACACAUAUUCGAAUCCGAGCUCUGGUAAUUAUGGUGCAUUUGCGAUCUUCACGGCAAUGCCAUCACUUUAUGCUUCGCCGACAAUUUCCCUUAGGCCAACAAAUCAGGUGAAGGCCGGCUGUGAGCAUUUAGUGUAUCAAGGUGGUUAUCCUGCAGCAGCUGGUGCAAAUCGCUAUCUCAUUCACACUUUCAACUCAGCGAACACUGGCCCCGCUUCCUCUUUGUCGUUCAUUCCAUCAUAUUCAGCUACCAUUUCUGUUCCUCCAAAUUGUCCAAUUUCAAUAGAUGCAGCCGAUUACAGUAAAGAUUAUUCUGGUAAGCAUGGAGUGCUGAUGAAUGUUGUGCCGAGAAAUGGUUUUGUGAUGAGUCGAGAUUAUCCGAAUAGUAUGAUCGGGAGUGGAAAUGGUGGAAUGAAUGUGAAUUUGCAGUAUGCACUCAAUUCUAGUGUUUUUGCUAAUCAAAGUGUUUACUUCAACAUUUUGGUUGAUCAAUUUUUUGAUGGCCAAGCUGGGACGCCACAAUUAAAGCUUUCAUUUGAUAAUCAAGUCGGAUAUAUAUUAAACAAAACGACCACUGGAUUCUCUCAGAAUCGAAAUGCUUCCUCAUUUCGGGUCGAAUUCACCACGUCGAAUACAACUGGAGCAAAUUUCUUGCUUCAUUUCAGCACCUCAACAACUUCAACAACUGAUUCUCCGACAAGGACAACGACAAGGACAACAAAGAUUAUGGUUACGGUGGAUACGGUGGAUCCGGUGGAUACGGUGGAUACGGUGGCUACAGCUAUCCAAACUACAAUAGCUAUGGGGGCUACGGUGGUGGAUGGCCGUCUUAUGGAGGAUACGGCAAUCCACGUAAUCACGAGUGAAAACGUUGAUUUUCUGAUCGAUUUCUCAAAGCGAGACUGCUCGCAAGCACCGGUGAUUCCUGACGAAACAAAAAAAACUUCAAUCUUGCUUUGUGCUGAUGCUCUUCCAUUUAGCGUGAACGGAAACGUUUUGAGCAAAGAUGGAUGUAAAGAGUUGAGGCCCUAUUUGAGUGGAUUGGGCAAAGCAUUGUAUAGCUGUUCGUGGACGGUCAACAAUCAGAAAAGUCUUGUGGAUAACAAAGACAGCUAUGACAAUAUUGUGGUUGAUAAAGAUCGAAUUGCAAUCAUUGUUGCGAAUCCGAUUGUUUACGAAUUUUACUCUACAGGUCCACUUGUUGGAGUGAAAAUUGGGAAUCAAGGUGAUAAUCAAUGUGAAAAUUACGAAGUUGAUUUAUCUUGUCUUGCUAACAAUGAAUACCUUUUCUCGUAUGGCUCAGAUCCUGGACUUUCUUCAUCGAAAAUCAAUAACAAAUGGCCUUUCAAAUUGUUAUAUGAAGAUGUGCUGUCUUUUCGUACUUCAGUGGGCACAAUUUGGACCGAAACGAGUUGCUCAUUCUGUCUACUGUUUAACACAGCGGCUAACAGCAACUAUAGUAAGAAC